CAAAGCUCAACUGUUGCCCUGGACCACUAAAAACAGGGCCGCUGCGUAUUCCUGUUGAAAUUGACUCCCACGUUUGCGUUGCCAUGUUACUCUAAUUCCAUCGCGGUCCAGCGCAAACAUGGAACAUCCUGGUCGGGGGCCACUGGGCUCAACUUCGACAUGCCGGGAAGACUCCGACGAGGCAAUUAUCCCGUUUGGCGUGCCAUCCUGCUGUCCGUUUUAUCGCAAGCCCACCCUCCUGUACGUGAUGGCACGCGGCACUGUACGAGUCCUGUCCUGUCCUGUACGAGAUACAGCACAGCACGCCAGGGGCUGCUCUGUGCCUUUGAGGCGCCUUACGAGCACACCAGUCGCAUCUAUCUACAAGGCGCCAAGCGCCAUCUUUCUAGCACCGCACCCCUUGCGAAUCCUGAGCCAUGUCCCAGAGCCAAUGCCUUGGCCGCUGCAGUGCACGCAUGAGAGGACGGAGCUAUCCGUGGAUCUUUUUUCAGUGGGCGAGGGUUCCACAUGCGGCGCAGAAUCGAAUCGAGUCGAGUCGGUUCAACGCAGCGGCGAAACUCCCCAAAGAACCACAGAACAAGGCAGAGUGGCGUGGAGAACAUAACGACGCUGGGCUGGGCUGCUAAUGCUGAUGGCGAUUCGAAUUAGCGGAACUC